AGAAUUAACGUUUCGGGUCCUCAGGACAGAAAACACCAACUGUCUGUCUGUGACGCACUACCAGAGGUGAGAGCCAAUGAGUGCGCAGCGUUGCCUCCGGGCUGUCCAAUCAGGAGAGAGGGAAUUCAAACGGCGAGGCGGUUAGUCGAUUGAUCGCUCGAGCGUAGCUUCUCGCGGCGGCCGAAGCUUCCAGGUUCCCGGCUACUCGCUCGGGAUGAUGAAGGCUCAGGCCGGUGGCCGCCCGGCUCUGGUACGGACUUACGGAAAAUACAGACAGCGGACCGUGAAGGCUUCCAAGUGGUUGAGCCCCGACACCGGCAGAGACCACCUUUUCUCGUCGUCAGACUCCAUCGAUAACAGCAGCCAUUGCAGCAGCAGCGGCAGCAGGAACCCGUCCUUCAAAACCAAAAAAAGGCAACAGAAAGCAUCACUGAAUGUUUCAAAUGCAAAGUUGACAGCAAAGAAAAAGAUUGGAAAACAACUUAAAAGCAAAAGUGUCGAGAGAAAACAUUCUUAUGCAUUCAGAAGCCGAGGAAUUUCACAUGAUAAAAACCAAAGCUCUUCUUCCACAGAAGAUGAAAGUCAGGAAAACCGCAUGUUUAUGCAAGACAAAGAAAAUCGUUUUGUUCCUGUAACUAGAAAUGGAAUGGAAGAAAUCGUAAAAGUAUCUCCAAAUCUAAAAUAUGUCACUUACCGGCGGAAACUGCGGAAUUGCAAGACUGUGUCAAAUCAAGAUGUAAAUACCCAGUUUCAAGUGAGAAAAAAGGAAUUACUCGGAUCCCUAAUAGAAUCUUCAGAAUCGUCGAUCUCUUUUAGGAAACCAAAGAAGGCAGGCAGAAGUUCUUGCAAAGCUAAGAAGUUUUGUUGUAAUUCCAGAGUGGUAAAGAAACUGGAUAGAUCCCCACUGCAGACUAGCACACCUUCUUGUACAAGGAAAUCUAAAAUCAAGGAACUAUCGAGAUGUGUCAUUUCGUUCAACAGUGAAAUUGAGAAUGGCAUAUGGAAGAACAAUGUUGAACCUUACAUUGAGGGAAGUAUUGACCACCCCAGUACAGUGGGAAUUUGUUGCACCCAAAGUAGCAACACCUCGUGCAAGACAUGUUCCUCUACAGAACACACACAUCAUUCAGAGUUUGUUGGAUUGUCUACAAAGAAAUUAGAUGGAAUUUGUAGUCUUGAAGUUUGUUGUAAACCUGUAGCCUCUAUAUCUUUGGAAGAAAAUCUUGAGCAUAUGGAUUCAGUAACAUCACAUUUAUUUCAAACCCAGAAAGAUGAUUUCAGUCAUACCUUGCACAGUACCUUCAAUAAUAGUGCAGAGUUGUUUUCUCAUGUUAUUGAAGAAUCAGCUGGGUCUCCUCUGACUGGUUUAAUUAAUGGAGUGGAUAAUAUGACAGCAUUUGUCAAAAAUUCUUCAGUGAAGGCAGAGUUGCUUAACUGUACAUCAAAUCAUGACUUGUUAACUAAACAGGAACAUACUGCAAAGAGUAACAUUGUUUCGAAUUUGGACUUGCAGCCUGUGGUACAAUUAGAUCACUUAUCAGUUUUUAGGUAUUUCCACAAAAGAAGGUCAGUGUCCUCUGUUGAAGAUGACUCUUCCAAGGUGAGUUCAUCAAAAAAUCAGCAAGUUACUAAUCAUUUACAUGAAAAGUUAACAUCUCAAAAAAGUGGGAGGACAUUUUUGAAUUGGAUGGCUCUUCAGCCUGAUGUGGUGCUUAGUCCUCUUAAACUAAAGUUGCAAUUACCAACGAAGAAAUGUGUGAAAAAUCCAGUAAAAAGAAGUCUAUCUGAUGGCUCUUUUAACAACGAAUGUGAACACAAUUUUCAUCUGCUAGGAAAAAAGCGCAGACAAACAGAUUGCAUGACUUUAAAAUCAUCUUUGUCAUCAAUGUACUCAAAUUCCCAAGAAUGCAAGUCUGGUAAAGGGUGUACAGUUGAACCAGACUACUUCGAAAACCAACAAAAUAGAAAAACUAUUUUAAUGAAAAAUGGCUACUCCUUAAAAACAAAAUGCCUUUCUGGACGAAGGAACCGAAUCAGUGACAAUGAUUCCAGUAUGUUUGGCAAACAGAGCAGCCUCUCUGGUUCAGCAUUUCAAAAAAAUAUGGAUCUUGCUUCAAUCGCUGUAAAAAGUGUGAAAACAUCCACAGUGGAUUUAUACAGGCAUCCAGAAUCUCAAACAACUAAGAUAAAAAAUUUGAAGUCAACACUUAUGAGUUCUUCGGCAGUUUCUACUCCCUUAGGCUCACGUAAUUGGUCAAGGUUCAAAGCAACUCAUUCGAUUCACAAAAGAAAGAAAGUCAUUGUUACGCCUUUGAGAUCUGGUUGUACCAUGUCACUUCAAAGCUCUCCAGAAUCAUCUUGUCUUUCGGGAACAGAAAAUUGUAAUAAUCCAAGUUUGAAUAAGUUGAUUUCAAUGGCAGAUUUUUCUGCAACUCCACUUAGCAAUAGAAUGAAAGGAUCCAGAAGUCGCCUUAUGGAAAAAUGGUCAAUUCUGCAGCCAGUGUUUCUUACAGAUGAAGAGAAGGUGUAUUGUGAAUGUCAGCAAAAUGGUCCAGUUUCUUUUAAAGAAUGCAUACCGUACACCAUGCUAGAGAAGUGUGAGAAAAUCGGAGAAGGAAUCUUUGGGGAAGUGUUUCAAAUGAUAAAUGAUGGAAAAUGCGUGGUUUUCAAGAUAAUCCCUAUUGAAGGGGAGAAACCUGUGAAUGGUGAACCUCAAAAGAAAUUUGAAGAAGUCCUUCCUGAAAUAAUAAUUUCAAAACAAUUAAGUCAGCUGAGUGAAGAAAGUGAAAACUGCACAACUGGAUUUAUUUCCUUGUAUUCUGUGCAUUGUGUAAAAGACUCUUAUCCUCUGGAGUUACUUAAAGCUUGGGACAAGUAUAAUCAAACCAAGUCUUCAGAAAAUGAUCGUCCAGAUGCAUCAUUCAAAGAGCAACUUUAUAUCAUUUUUGAAUUUGAAAAUGGCGGUAAUGAUCUCGAAAGUAUGCAUACAAAGAUACCUUCUCUUGAAUCAGCAAGAAGUAUACUGCAACAAGUAACUGCAUCCUUGGCUGUUGCUGAAAAAGCUUUAAAUUUUGAACACAGAGACUUGCACUGGGGAAAUGUUCUUAUCAAGAAAACUGCCAUCAAACAAAUUGAAUACAAAUUGUGUGGGAAGACAUUCAACAUUGACACUCAUGGAUUUGUGACUAAUAUUAUUGAUUAUACACUGUCAAGAAUGGGAACAGAUGAAAUUGUACACUUUUGUGAUCUUUCCUCUGAGGAUAGUUUCUUUUGCGGACAAGGAGAUUACCAAUUUGACAUAUACAGAAAAAUGAAGAAGGAAAAUCUUAACAACUGGGCAGAAUAUAAUCCACACACAAAUGUGUUAUGGUUGCAUUACUUGGCUGACAAAAUGUUAAGCAUGCAGUACAAGAAAAGAAACACCAAAGCACACAGGAGACUUAUAGAAACCUUUAAGGAGUUCAUGCAAGAAUGUCUAGAGUAUCAGUGUGCUGCAGAUGUAUUAACAUCAGCUCAAUUGUUUCAAAAAAGCUAAAAUAUUUGGUCUUUAUCUCAGACUUGUAAAUAAAUUUCCAUGAUCUUUAAAGCAGUGAUUUUAUAAAUAUUGUAAAAUAUCAUGUAAUGUAUUGUUUAAAUAAAAUUGUGUAAAAUGAUGGCUUGUAUGUGUAGAUUAAAUCUGGUAUUAAUUUUUAUUUCCAAAGCAAAAUUUCAUUCUACUAAAUAUGACCUUUCAAACAGCUUGCAAUUGAUUUUCAAUUGUUUUCCUUUUUGGCACAUAUAAAAAGUGGAGUACUAUUAAUAGCAUUGGAAACAAUCUGUUUGCCAGUAGAACAUGAGAUAAGACAAAAACGCUUUGAGCCAUUUCUAUUAUUUAUUAGCCUGAGUCAGUCGCUUCUUCACCGAGCCAAAAAUUGUGGGUUCAAUAUUCACACCAGAAAUCUGAGCUCAUAUCCAAGUUGAUGCUCAAGUACAAGAUCUUCAAAAGAAUUCCGUUGUUUGGGACUGUUGGUCUUCAGGUUAGAUGUUACGCUUUAGUUUUGGUGGAUAUUCAAGUCUCUGAGGAAAUUUUCCCAGUAUUUGUCAUCAGUCAUUCAGUUCAUUUCUACUUUUGGGCUCUGGCAUGCAGUAUGAUUUGUGUUCCAAAUAAUCCUCAUUGUGGUUCAGAGGAAUUAAUUGCUUGUGAAACACUUGGAAGAUGUUAGAGUACUUGGUUUAACUUUUUAAAUUGCUUACCAAAUACCUGCUGCUCUUCUUAUUCUAGUUGGUUGACCUUAUGGGUUUGCAAGAGUCUGCCAAAGAAGCCUUGAUAUGUUACUGUGGGUGCAGAGAGUUGAUGAAUGGCUUGCUAAUCAAACAGACUACAUUGCUGUGGGGAGUAUUGAGCUUCUUAAAUCUUGCAGCUGCAUCCAUUCAGGAAAGUGGGCAAUAUCCACCCUACUCCUUUUGGAGAGGCCUUUGGUUGGGAGUUGGGCUCUCUCAUCAUCACAUACCAUUCCUUUGGAAUGUUUUAAUAUUAGAUCAUCUUAUGUGAUAUGGAACUGAAAAAUGCAAUCAUCAAUAGAUAGCAUGAAUUCUCACCUUGUGGAAAAAGUCAAUUGAAUGCCAGCAUGAAUUUACAAAAGGGAAAUCAGCCAUGACAAAUCUACUGAAAUACUUAGAGGAUGUAACUAGUAGAGUUGAUAAGGGGAGCCAAUGGGUGUGAUUAAUUUAGACAUGUGGGCAGCACAGUGGUUAGCACUGCUGCCUCACAGUGCCAGAGACCUGGUUCAAUUCCCACCUCAGGCGAC